AUGCCUGCUAAGGGAGAUAGAGGCGAACAGGCGACGACAUCGAUAUACUAUAAGGAACUCAGAAACUUGAAGGGGAGAGUGAUAGGGAAGGCCCUAAGGAAGGGGUUUUGUACCUGGAUAUCCCAGACCGUCGCCGACGGCCCUAAAGGACUAUGGAAAGUGAAUCAAUCGACAAGCAGCAACAUCCCAGCACUAAAGGAUGACUCCAGAGGACUGGCCACCAGCAACCAGAAGAAGGCAGAAUUGCUCCAAAAAGUCUUCUUCCCCGAGCUACCAGAGGCGGAUCUCUCAGAUCUCCCCAACACCCGGAUUCCUGAUCAGAUCGAAACGCCAGCGAUUAACAAAAAGAAAGUGAUGAACGCAAUCAACCGUGCACCACCAGACAAGGCACCAGGCAAAGAUGGUAUCCCUAAUCGCGUGCGGAAGAUACUGGCAGAGAUUCCAGAGUUCCUAAGACCCUGA